GCUAGGCGCGGCGUAAAUUCUAUGCGCGAUAUUUAUGAGUUCAACAUGGCGGACAAGAAAGGGAAAACGAGUGCAAAUGGCAGCACGAAAACGUCUACAAAAGGGCCAUCAAAUGAACAGAUUGUGGCUAAAUUUAACCAACUACGACAGGAACAAAGAGCACUUAUGAGCAAGAUUGCUGAACUCGAGGGGGACCAGAACGAGCACCGACUUGUAAUUGAAACUCUAAAAGAUGUAGAUGCUGACAGAAAAUGCUUUCGUCUGGUGGGUGGAGUUUUGGUAGAACGCACUGUGGGGGAGGUCUUACCUGCACUUCAGCACAACAAGGAACAGCUUGGAAAGCUCUGUGAAGCUCUGACAAAACAGGUCGAAGGAAAAGGGAAGGAAAUCAACGAGUUUAGAGAGAAGCACAAUAUCAGAGUGAAGGGAGAGCAGGCCCCGAACCAAGCACAAGAGGCCAAAGACAAAGGCAGUACACAGGGAGUGCUGGUAGCAUCAGGAACAUAAACUCAUUUAUCCAUAAUCCUGACGAACUGUUGGGCAGUUGGCCCCAUACCAUGCAUACAGGGAGGCAAUGAAAAUCAGUGAGCACGUUAUCACAUGGAUAGGCAUUGUCACUAUCCACGUCCCCAAGGGAAUAAAACCGCCAGAGCAAAAGGCCCCUUACUGAAUAUGGCUUGAGUAGUGAUCAGUAUAUGUGCCUAGUAUAACAAAAUACACAGGGGUGUAGGGCCGGUGGGGGGUGGGGUGUGGCACCCCCCCCAAUAGUGAGUUCCUGUCCGCGAAUAGAGCUGGGGUUGGCAGAUGAUUCCAAAAUUGGUACGUAAACGUUAUCCUUGACCUUCAUCAUGACAUGUAGCUGACCAGUGACCACAGAUUUCCAUUUUCCGCACCUUGUGAAUUUUACACGACAUGAGGUUGGCAAACAAGCUACAAGUCGACAAAGUGACUCUGGCAUACCCCCAUCCCACCCUAAAGAAAAGGCCUUUGCUAAGCCCCUGAAAAUAGACUCUUGUGUUUGAAAUAUUAUGACCAUUAGAGUGUACGGUGCAACACUGUUAAACAAGGUCCGUGGGACUUUACAAAUUGCAUUGUUAUAAAAGAUACCUUGUAUUAUCAGUAAUGGAAAAUACGAAAAGCAAAGAGUUGGGGACAUAAGAGUUUCCUUGCUAUAAACAUGACUAAAGUUUGUAAUGCAGUGCUCUUCUUAUCUGCUUUGGACUGUAUAUUCAUGGUUGAGGACAUAACAAAGGGAUCUUUGGUUUCAGGAAAUGACCUUGAUUUGCUUCCUAAAAUGAGAGUGUUUCUGCCUGAAUCGCAGUUGAUGCUGAAACUAGCAAAUGAUGCUUGCGUUUUCCUGGUCUAGUCUUGUGCCCAUGCUUCUUAAACAUUAGUCCAGGAGACUGGUUGUUAUAAGAGUACCAAAGUGUGACAUCACUGUGAACAAGAGAGUGCAGUGCAAACGGAUGGAUUACGCGCGUGCAUUGGUUCGUGUGCUGAUUCUCACGCUAAUGCCUUUUACACAUUGAAUUGUGUCUGUGACGUAGUCACCUCGAUACCCUAAACAGACCAGAGUUGGAAACAAAAUGGCCGGUCAUUGUGUACAGAGUAGAGUGUGUGGUUUUGCGCAUUCAUGUAUAUGUACACCUGCCAUUUUGUUUCAAUCAAUGGCGACAAUUGUGUGGUAACUCUGUGCAUGGCUCAGGUCCUGACCACUGCUGCUCAUGAUGGGACAAGAGAAGGGAUAUUUUGUGAUCUCUGCCAGUCAGUGAGACUGAGGUUAGAAAAGCUCUGGCAUGUUUGGGUAUAGAAAGAAUACAAAGUGCAGACGUAACGCCAGCAAUGCCAGGGGCUUGUCAACUUGGCAUACCAUUUGUGAAACCUUCUUGCGGUCCCUGUGUGAAUCGAAAGAUGUCUUGUCAGCAGGCAUUGCCUUGCUUGGUAGUUUAUUGAAUUGGGCCCAGUCUGUUAAAAGUCUGCACUUAUCUAGGACAUUAUUUUAAUGCUUAAGUGCAAAACUCUGUAGGUGUGACAUGGGGCCACACAACGAGCUUUUUAUUUGAGCGUUGCUCACAUUUUAAUCCUGUGGACGCCAUUACACUAAGUGUCUGCCAGCAAGUACGGAAAUUGAAAAAAAUAAGCUUCAGCUGUUAACCUUGUGUAAAUUAUCUCUUCAGCCCUUGUUUGGAUUUGUAAAAGGUCUAAAAAGUCACAAUUUUUCAUUGUUCUGGCUCUGGUACUUGCAUGUUGAAAUUAACUAAAGGAAUGGUUUGUCCCAUACCUGCUCCUUGUAAUUAGCCCGGGCAACUUUCUCAAAUUUCGUGGCAUUGUUCAAAGGUGUUUAAUAUAUAUAUUCAGAAAAUAAAUGUUUUCCAACUGAUCAUAACUUGAGACUUGAUUGAUAAUGUUGGACACUGAGGAGACGUGGAGAGUCCAACAACUCUUCACAAAUGCAUAAGACUGGUACAUUGCACAUUUACAUGAGUGUUUGAUACUGUACUUGAUUCUGUCUUGCCCCUCGCUUGUUGACAACUUGACAACCGUAUCUGCUAGCUUGUUAAGAUAAAUACACCAUAGCCAUGGAGACAGCUGAAGUUCAGAAGGAAGAUGUGGGUCUGCAUGGAUGAAAUGGAAUAUUUGUGUGAAUUAUUGGUAAAAGUUUCUAAUGGAGCAUUUGUCAGCUUUGUAAGCUGGAUGUAAUAACUACCCUUGUGAUGUAAGAAUUGUGCUUCAGUUUGCUGUUCGAAUUGAGAAAAAACUAGAAGGAAAAGUACUAAAAAUUGGAGAUGAUAUAACUGA